ACUACCGCGGAAGUCAACAAACCAGGCAGCGAAAUGUAACAACUAAAAGCACUUUUCUUUACUUCCCUGUUUUCUGUCUUUCGUUUAACGUUUAGCUUCAUGUAUUUUAAAAACGACCACUUAAAUGAAACCGUAACGUUAUGCAUCUCAAAGGUCAACUGUUGGACGUACUUUGAGCCAUCGUUUAGCUAGCGUUAACGUUAGUUGGUUAAGUAAAAACGCACAGUCUCAAAAUGCGGAGUGAUUCUCUUCUCUCAAGCGUUAACGUGGUUCUUGUAAUGGCCUACGGAAGUCUGGUGUUUGUUUUGCUGUUCAUCUUUGUCAAAAGACAAAUUAUGCGUUUUGCCAUGAAGUCUCGUAGAGGACCACAUGUUCCCCUUGGCCACAAUGCUCCUAAGGAGCUGAGGCAAGAAAUUGAAGCCAAACUGUGCCUGGUCCAGAAAAUCCACUUUGAGCCUCGCCUGCUGUCCCCAGAUGAUGAUCGGCUAAAGCCCAGAGAACACUCUGGUUCCCAUGACUGCCUGUACAGGAUGAGAGCGCUGGAUGCCAUCAGAGACACUGAUCUCCCUUUCCGUGAGCUGGGUGGUUCGUCCACCGCUGUGACGGGUAAAAGACUUCGGACCUGGCUUCUGCAGCUACGAAAUUCCCACUGCAUGUUCCGAGACAGCCUAAGCUCCCUCAUCAACACGGUGCUGGAUGGGUACAAUAAAGCACGGCACGGGGCAGAGGCUUUUGGUGAAGCAGAAUUUUUGAAAUAUCAGGCAGCUCUAACUGAACUGGCCUCUGUUGUCAAGUCUCACAGCAGCGGCAGCAGCACUCCGAGCCAGUACCACCAGUCUGCAGCCAAAGACCUGACCAGCAGUACAGAGCCUGCAAGCUCCUCCUCCUCCCCCACCCAAACCACCUACCUCACAUCUACAAUGCAGCAGCGCAGCAAGCGGCCCAGGCACUUCCUGGAGCUGAAGAACUUCAAAGACAACUACAACACUCUGGACAGUUCGUUCUGAAAAUCUGUGACACCCAUCAAAACAAAAAGGUCAAGGACAAGGUAGUGCUGCCAGUGAUUAAAGUGCCUAUGGACGGCAUGUUGCCAGAUAGUUUAGAGUGAAGUGAUAAAAACUCUGCCUUUAUAUACUAAUACAUAUUUCCUGGUUUACAGUAAGUGCAUAUCAGACUACUGGUAUAGUGCUCCUUUACCUAAGCUUAUGCGUAUAUCUGGUAUUAAUGCAUGUAUGAGUGCUAUAAUUGGGUAGAAAAAUUACUAUAGUAAGUGACUAUAGUAAGUAGAGUUGAUUUGACCAAAACAAAACCAGAGCUAUGGGGCUAUGCAAUGGCAUAAGACAAUCAGUAUUUAUUGCACAAUGUAAAGGCCUAUGCCAACUUGUUAAAAUGAACCAACUGUAUUUAAACAUGCUAAUAGUUAACACUGUUUGUAGAGAAAACCAGUGUUAAUGAUUGCCUCACACUGAGAAAAACACACACUGUAUAUGUCACUUAUGUUUAUGUCUGUGUGUGCCUCUGCUGUUCAUUUGCUGCAGUGAAUUUGACGGCUUGGUUUUUUUUUUAGCAUUAAUCAUUUGUUUUACAGAAGCCAUACUUGAUUUAAUGAAUUUUGAUGAUUAAGUGCUCCUUUUUGUUUAAUCAGUUAUUUCUGUGCAAUGUGAUUUAACAGUAUUCCAGUGCAUUAAUGCAUUCUGAAUGUGAGGUAUUUCAUCAGGGGAUGUCUCUUUAUUGACUUUUGUCUUUUUAGAGGUAGGCUGAUCCCAGAUGUCUGAACUGUGUUUCAUUUGGUAUUCAGGGUUCCCAGGGAGGCAUUUUCAUGCCUGAAUAAUUUUAUUUUCUGUGGUGUUUAUUGUACAAGUUGCCAUCCAAAUAAAACAGUGACAUACA